AUGGCAACAGCAGGAGACGCGUUACUGCUACUGCGGCUCCCCGCGCUGUUCGAAACCAGCAAGCAGCUUCUGGACGAAGUGGAAGCAGCGACUGAACCCACCGGUUCCCAGAUAAUUCAAGAUAAGGUAUUCAGGGGACUAGACCUCCUUAAGAAGGCUGCUGAAAUGUUAUCGCAGCUCGACUUCUUCAGCCGAAAUGAAGACUUGGAAGAGAUUGCUUCCACAGACCUGAAGUACCUGAUGGUCUCAGCUUUUCAAGGAGCGCUCGCCAUGAAACAAGUCAACCCCAGCAAGCGUCUAGAUCAUUUGCAGUGGGCUCGAGAACACUUUUUAAACUACUUAACUCAGUGCCAGUAUUAUCAUGUGGCAGAGUUUGAGCUGCCCCAAACCAACUCAGCUGAUAAUAAUACUGCUAGUUCCUCCAUGGCGUGUCCUAGCCUCGUUGCUGUGGCAUCUGAAAGACAGGCUAAAAUAGAGAGAUACAAGCAGAAGAAGGAGGUGGAGCAUAGGUUGUUUGCACUGAAAUCUGAUGUGGAAAGUGGUCAAGCAGAUGAUGAGUGUGUUCGUGAAUAUUACCUUCUUCACCUUCGAAGGUGGAUCGGUAUUAGCUUAGAAGAGAUUGAGAGCAUUGACCAGGAGAUGAAGAUCCUGAGAGAAGACGACUCCUCAAAAGACGCAUCAACUUCUUACUCAUCUCCUCAGGACAGGCCUCCAAUGAAACCCUUCGUUCUCACUCGGAAUGUGGCCCAAGCCAAAGUAUUUGGAGCUGGUUAUCCAAGUCUGGCAUCUAUGACGGUAAAUGACUGGUAUGAUCAGCAUCAGAAAUAUGGAGCAUUACCAGAUCAGGGCAUAGCCAAGAUAACACCAGAGCUCAAAAGAGCAGCUCAGCAACAGGAAGAUCAGGAACAAAAGGAGGCAGAGGAGGAGGAAGAGGAGGAGGAGGAGGGGGAAGAAACACUCCACAGAGUUCGGGAGUGGGAUGACUGGAAGGACACCCAUCCCAGAGGCUAUGGCAACCGACAGAACAUGGGUUAGUCUUACCACAACAAGAUGGGACUUCAGGGACUCACAUCUUCCCAGACAAGGAAAGCCAUGCAGUCUUCCCCUACCUGGGCUCCUGCUUCAGCUGUGUAAAAUGAAGAUGCUUAAUCUUGCUUUAUGUUCAAUAAAAUGUCAAACAAG